AUGGACCGUGUUGGAAAGAUCGUGUUUUAUGAAGAUAAAAACUUUCAAGGUCGCUAUUAUGAGUGCAGUAGUGACUGUCCCGAACUCAACAUCCACAUCAACCGGUGCAACUCUGUUCGUGUGGAGAGCGGGGCCUGGGUUCUGUUCGAGAGGCCCAACUACCUGGGCUACCAGUACAUCCUGACCAGGGGGGAGUACCCUGAUUAUCAGCGUUGGAUGGGAUACAAUGACAGCAUCAGGUCCUGCCGGAUCGUCCGAAACACCUCUGGUGUGUUCAGGAUUCGUAUUUUUGAGCGUCCUGACUUCAGUGGUCAGAUGUUGGAAUUCACUGAAGAUUUGAGCAACCUGCCCGACCACUGGCACUUCCGCGAGGUUCACUCUGCUCACGUGCAGGACGGUGCCUGGGUCUUCUACGAGCUUCCCAACUACCGCGGACACCAGUACCUGCUGGAGAGAGGAGAGUACCGCCGCUUCACUGAGUGGGCGGCCAUGAACCCCAUUGUGGGGUCCCUCCGUCGCGUCCACAACUUUUAGACUAUAUCUCUUUUAGUUCAUGUUUUCCAUAACUGUUCUUUAGGAGUUUAAUAAAAAGAUGAUUGUGCUCAGUA